UUUUGAGAUGUUUAGAGCAUCAACCAUCAAUAUUUUAUUUGUCACCAAUUAGCAGGAGAAUCAUGUAACCAACAUAGAUUAUGGUACAAUGGUGAAACUGUAUCAUCCUUUAUCAUAGAUCUCGAAUUUGAGCCUUGGAGAUAGAGGAAAUCCUAUUUGGAGCGCUCCCCUCCAGAAUAGGCCAUGUAAUGCAUAAUUCGAAUUGGUUGAGGUUUCAACACGGACACGUGGAAAACAAAAAGGAGAAUCACGAAAAAACACACAUUUUUGGAGGGGGAAUUUGAAAUGGAACUUUUCUAGGGCCAAUUCUAGUAGAAAACAAUAGUUAGAGGAAAACAAAUGGUAUUCCCCUUUGAAAACAAGCCCUAAAUCCAAAAAUUCCACUCACAGUACUAAUGCCGUAAAAUCGUCUUCUAGUAAACACACAUCCACACACACACAUUCACACACACAAGCAUAGAAGCCAAAAAGGGAGAGGAAAAGGGCAAAGCAAAAUCUCCGUUUUGUUAGUACAAAAUACAAAAAGAUAUCUUCGCAAAUCGGAAAUGGCCUCCUCCAAAGAAUGUGAGAACUUCGUCUACGUCGCUAAGCUUGCUGAACAAGCUGAACGCUACGAUGAAAUGGUUGAUGCAAUGAAGAAUGUUGCAAGUAUGGAUGUUGAAUUGACUGUGGAGGAAAGGAAUCUUCUUUCCGUUGGUUAUAAGAAUGUGGUAGGUUCUAGGAGAGCAUCUUGGAGGAUCUUGUCCUCUAUUGAGCAGAAGGAAGAAUCUAGAGGAAAUGAGCAAAAUGUCAAGCGAAUCAAGGAGUACCGGCAAAAGUUGGAGUCUGAGCUCACCAGCAUUUGCAAUGAUAUUAUGGUAGUCAUUGAUGAGCAUCUGAUUCCGUCAUGCACUGCAGGAGAAUCAACUGUGUUUUACCACAAGAUGAAGGGGGACUAUUAUCGUUAUCUUGCAGAAUUUAAAGCUGGCAAUGACAAGAAGGAGGUUGCAGAGCUUUCAUUGAAAGCAUAUCAGUCAGCUACAACUGCUGCGGAGGCGGAUCUGCCACCUACUCAUCCCAUUCGAUUGGGACUGGCUUUGAAUUUCUCUGUUUUCUACUAUGAGAUCAUGAAUUCAUCUGAAAGGGCAUGCCAUCUGGCAAAGCAGGCCUUUGAUGAGGCAAUAUCUGAGCUGGAUAGCCUGAAUGAGGAUUCCUACAAAGACAGCACCUUGAUUAUGCAGCUUCUAAGGGACAAUCUCACCUUGUGGACUUCUGAUCUUCCAGAGGAUGCAGAAGAUGGCCAAAAGGGAGGAGAUGCCACAAACAAAGCAGUUGGAGGUGAAGAUGCAGAGUGAUUGGGCCUAAUGAUUAGAACUACCAUGUGUAUUUGGAGGUGUGAGGACGUGGAUACACCAAGUGGGAUGUUUGUUUGUUGAGUCUUAGUAGAUACUUAUGUUAUGGGCAUGUCUUGCCUGUUUCUUUACAUGUUGAUUGGCUGUCUGCAAUUCAGUGUGUGUAAUGUAUCCCUGUGCUAUCUCCUCUCCAUAUAGUGAGUUGUUUCAGUUUUUAGAUAAUUGUUUGGUCUAUAGGUGGUUUUAUUUUUCAGAUGACUGCCGCAGCCAAAUGGAGGACAUCAGCUCUUUCUUUGUCCUCUCAUCCUUGUUAUCUCAAUGUCACCAAUUUUAUAUUAUUCUUCCUUUUUCAUUUAGAAGCUGAGCAUAUUUGUUGCUCUAUGUUGGUGCA